AUGGGGAUAGCAGUGAGAAAUGGCGAUGGAAACAAUACGACAACAACUUCUACACGAACAUUGUCACGUAAUCAAACGUUGUUUACACGGGAAAACAGCAUAGAAGAUCCUUUACUGGAACACGCUCAGACUUACGUAGGGGAAAACUUCGUCGUUAGACAUGGAAAUCCGUUUAAUCUCCGCCGUAAAGUUUGCUCGAAAACUAAUUCUGGAGUCGUUUUCACAGAAUUUAAACAGCUGAAACCUGUAUCGAAAAUGUCAUUGUCGACUGGAGCUAAGCGUAUGUUUACUUGCCAGAACGCUGGCGGCAGCUCAGAGAAAAGCGAAAUUCUUAGUUUUGAAUUACUUCAGAGAUGUUUUGGGGCUGAUCUUCAGAAAACAGAAAUGGAAGUACAGUAUUUUCCCGAAGGAGGCCCAAUCACUGAUUACACAUGUACAAUGUUUAGCACGAAACUAGGGGUCUCUGUCACGCGAGCUAUGAACUAUCACGGUGAUUUUACAGUUGAAGAUGCUGGUAAAUUAUUAAAUAAAAAAUUAAGAGGAGUUAUAACUUCCACGAGAAAUACCAUGGAAAAAUGGAGCAAGCAGAUUUUGCAUGUGUGGGCUACUUCACUUGCAGAGUCUGUUCUGAUCGCAGAAGCUUACUAUCAGCUUCCAAGGAAUUUGAAGUCGAACACUGUUGUCCUGGUGACCGUUACAGAAAACAAUGAAGUAUUUACGAACUAAAGGCCAUAGUAUAUUAAAAGACGUAUCGGACUUUUUUCAAAAUAAAGUUAACUAGCUUGUAUGAAAAUUAAUUAAUUUGAGAUAAAAAAAAUUCAGCAGAUAACAACUUUAUCCUUUAGGUAGUAGAUCAGAAGAGAAGCUGGUAAAUGGCAGCAUUGAUAAACACUCUGUAAAAAAUUGUAAAUAUUUGAAAAUCUACUUAACAAAUAAAAAGUGAACAAA